UCCUUGCAUCUGACUUCUGACGGCAGAGUGGACUUGGAGGUGGUGGCCGCGUCCUUUCGGGCCUCCCAGGGUCGAGCUUUUCCUGGGACUCCCAGACGCAGAGGCCCAGAGGCAUCCCUGCCCGGCACCGCUGCCGAGGAGGGGGUCAGCGCUUGCCGCAGCUGUCCUCUCCUGGCUGGGCCGGGCUGUCUGCAGGCUCCUGGGGCGGCCAUGCGGCUGCGCGCCCUGACCUCGGGGCCGCCUGGAGGGUGCGCGCGCGGGGCCCGGGCUCGCCGGCACCGGCGUCAGCCAGAAGAAUUAACUUCGAGUCUGCACAGUUUUAAGAACAAGGCCUUCAAAAAAGCCAAAGUCUGUGGAGUUUGCAAACAAAUUAUUGACGGUCAAGGGAGUUCAUGCCGAGAUUCACCGCCUUUCUUCAGGGAUCCAAUUUGGCUGCACAUACCCCUGGAAAAGCCAGUCUGUUUGGAACUGCUCCCAGGAGGUCCCCAUCUGCGCAUCGGAGACCUUGCUAUCAGAACAGCUGUAGCCGGGUCCUUGCACACCAUGUCCAUCUCACACUCUGUUGAAACUCAGCGUUGCGUCAUAGCCUGCAAGUAUUCCUGCCACAAGAAAUGUGAAGCCAAGGUGGUGAUUCCCCGCCGUGUGCAAGUCCACCUGGAACAGGCUCCGGUGGGUUCCUCACCGUCCGCUUCUCUCUUCUGUGACCAACCAUCCAGGCCUGCAGCACUGAACCCCACCAUGGAGGACGGCCGCGAGCUGGACCUCACCUACAUCACUGAGCGCAUCAUUGCCGUGUCCUUCCCUGCGGGGUGUUCCGAGGAGUCCUACCUGCACAACCUGCAGGAGGUGACGCGCAUGCUGAGGUCCAAACACGGGGACAACUACCUGGUAUUAAACCUUUCGGAGAAGAGAUAUGACCUCACAAAGCUUAACCCAAAGAUUCUGGACGUGGGCUGGCCGGAGCUGCACGCACCACCCCUGGAUAAGGUGUGCACCAUCUGCAAGGCCCAGGAGUCCUGGCUGAACAGUGACCCCCAGCACGUGGUCGUCAUCCACUGCAGGGGUGGAAAGGGACGCAUCGGAGUGGUCAUUUCAUCCUACAUGCACUUCACCAAUGUCUCAGCCAGCGCUGACCAGGCCCUCGACAGAUUUGCAAUGAAGAAAUUUUAUGAUGAUAAAGUGUCAGCUUUGAUGCAGCCUUCCCAGAAACGGUAUGUCCAGUUUCUCAGUGGGCUCCUGUCGGGGACGGUGAAAAUGAACGCCUCGCCCCUAUUCCUGCAUUUCGUCAUCCUCCACGGCAUCCCCAACUUCGACACGGGUGGAGUGUGCCGGCCCUUUCUGAAGCUCUACCAAGCCAUGCAGCCCGUGUACACGUCGGGGAUCUACAAUGUCGGCCCAGAAAACCAAAGCAGGAUCUACAUUGCCAUAGAGCCGGCCCAGCUCCUGAAAGGGGAUGUCAUGGUGAAGUGCUACCACAAGAAGUACCGUUCAGCCACCCGUGACGUCAUCUUUCGCCUGCAGUUUCACACCGGGGCAGUGCAGGGCUACGGGCUUGUGUUUGGAAAGGAGGAUUUGGACAACGCCAGCAAAGAUGACCGUUUUCCUGAUAAUGGGAAGAUUGAGUUAGUCUUCUCAGCCACUCCCGAGAAGAUUCAAGGGUGUGAACAUUUAUGCAACGACCACGGAGUGAUCGUGGACUUCAACACGGCAGACCCGCUGAUCCGCUGGGACUCGUACGAGAACCUGGGUGCAGACGGAGAAGUGCUGCACACGCAGGGCCCUGUCGACGGUAGUCUUUAUGCCAAGGUGAGGAAGAAGAGUGCCUCGGAUCCCGGCGUCCCAGGGGCGGCCCCGGCCAUCUCAGCCAGCAGCCCAGACCACGGUGAACACACCCUGUCUGUCAGUAGCGACUCGGGCCACUCCACUGCCUCGGUGAGGACCGACAGGACUGAGGAACAUCUGGCUUCAGGAACUAAGAGAGGGCUGAGCCCCCAGGAGAAGGCUGAGUUGGAUCAGCUGCUUAGUGGCUUUGGCCUAGAAGAUUCUGGAAGCCCCCUCAAGGAUAUGACCGAUGCUCAUAGCAAGUACAGCGGGACACGCCACGUUGUGCCGGCCCAGGUCCACGUGAAUGGAGACGCCACACCAAAGGACCGGGAGACGGACAUCCUGGAUGACGAGAUGCCCAGCCAUGACCUGCACAGCGUGGACAGCAUUGGGACCCUGUCCUCCUCGGAGGGACACCAGUCAGCCCACCUGGGCCCCUUCACCUGUCACCAGAGCAGCCAGAACUCCUUGCUGUCUGACGGAUUUGGCAGCAGCACUGGCGAAGAUCAGCACAGCACCCUCGCCCCAGACCUGGGACUUGGUGUGGACCCCCUGUAUGAACGAGAGCGGGUUUUUGGGAGCCGUGAGCCCAAGCAACCGCAGCCCGUGCUCAGGAAGCCCUCCGUGUCCACCCAGGUGCAGGCCUAUGGGCAGGGCAGCUACUCCACGCAGACCUGGGUGCGCCAGCAGCAGAUGGUGGCAGCUCACCAGUACAGCUUCGCCCCCGACGGGGAGGCCAGGCUCGGCAGCCGCGGCCCAGUGGACAGUUCCAGCCUGGUGCAGGUCCAGCCCAGGGUCCCUGUCACCCCUGCCCGGGGGGCCAGCAGCAAAGUGGCCGUCCAGAGGGGCAUAGGCCCUGGGCCACAUCCCCCCGACACACAGCGGCCUCCUCCUGGCAAAGUGUUCAAACCUAGGUUUCCAGAUGUCAAAGCUGUGAAUGGGACUGGCCCAGAGCUGAGUGCAGACCCCUCCCCAGGCUCACCCACCCUGGACAUCGACCAGUCCAUCGAGCAGCUCAAUAGACUGAUCUUGGAGCUGGAUCCCACCUUCGAGCCCAUCCCCACCCACAUGAACACACUGGGCAGCAAGGCCAAUGGCCCCGCGCCCCCGGACACCAUGGGAGGUGGGCUCCGGGCAAGUGGCCACCUUCAGGACACUGGAGAAGGCCCCGGCAGGACCUCCGUGCGGCAAGCCUCCUCAGCUGACCAGCUACUGGGCGGAAGAUUCCGGAAGCUGAGCUUCGGGCAGUAUGACAACGAUGCUGGGGGGCAGCCAGCCUUCUCCAAAUGCGGAUGGGGAAAGACCGCCAGUGCGGACCAGGCUCCAAGCCUGGCGCCUUUCCUCUCUCCAGCAGACGCCAAAGAGACGGUGAUCGCUACAUAUCCCCCAGACCUUGAUGGGAUUGAUGGCAGGAUCUUCUCUCCAACCAAAAGUGGCAGCGAGUCGAUUUCUUCCACACCAGCGUUCCCAGUGUCUCCAGAAACACCAUACGUGACAGCACCCCCACAGUAUACCCCGUUCAGCCCACCCAGGCCCCAGAUGGGCAGCACCAGCGGUCUGUACAAAGGAGGUCAUGAACCGCGAGGCUGCCCUGAGGUCCUCAGUCACCCCGUGGGGAUGUCAGAGAGCCCCGGCGGACCCAAACCCGCGGUGCUCCGGGCCGACGUGCCGCCAGCGCCCUCCUUUCCGCGGGUAUUCACGUCCUGCACUGUGGCCAGCAGCAGCCCCGGCCAGCCGAGGGAGAGCCCUUCCUCUGCCGAGCACCAGUGGGUGGAGAGCAGCCCCAAAUCCACGCUGACCCUGCUGGGGAGCAGCCGGCCCACAGGAAGCCUCCUCAGCGCCAGCGAGUUCCCCGGCCCCGGCAAGGACGGUCCUGGGCGGCCCCACUUCCCGCCUGCGGAGCUCCAGGCCUCUUUCCACAGCCAUGAGCUGUCCUUGGCAGAGCUGCCAGAAGCUCUGGGUCCCCCGAGCGGCCAGGCCUUCCUGAGCUUCGGCACUGCCCCCGUGGGAAGUUGCCUUCCCCCCGGGGAGGACCCGGGGUCCUUGCUGGCCAAUUCCCAUGGAGCAUCCCCGGCCCCCGGCACCCCGCGGACAGCAGCAGCGGCUGCCGACAAUGGCUUCCUGUCCCACAACUUUCUCACGGUGGCGCCUGGACACAGCGGCCACCACAGUCCGGUCCUGCAGGGCCAGGGGCUGACCCUGCCUGGACAGCCGCCCCUUCCCGAGAAGAAGCGGGCCUCGGAGGGAGACCGCUCUUUCGGCUCCGUGUCUCCCUCCUCGAGUGGCUUCUCCAGCCCCCACAGCGGGAGCACCAUGAGCAUCCCUUUCCCAAAUGUCCUUCCGGAUUUUUCUAAGCCUUCAGAAGCAGCAGCACCUUCUCCAGAUAAUCCAGGUGAUAAGCACGUGUCUGUGAACUUUGUCCAAGACACGUCCAAGUUCUGGUACAAGGCGGAUAUCUCCAGAGAGCAAGCCAUCGCCAUGCUGAAGGACAAGGAGCCUGGGUCAUUCAUCGUCAGGGACAGCCACUCCUUCCGAGGCGCCUACGGCCUGGCCAUGAAGGUGGCCACUCCCCCGCCUUCUGUCUUGCAGCUGAACAAGAAAGCUGGAGAUUUGGCCAAUGAACUUGUUCGGCAUUUCUUGAUUGAGUGUACCCCAAAGGGAGUGCGGUUGAAAGGGUGCUCAAAUGAACCGUAUUUCGGGAGCUUGACAGCUCUGGUGUGUCAGCAUUCCAUCACGCCCUUGGCCUUGCCCUGCAAGCUGCUCAUUCCCGACAGAGAUCCAUUGGAGGAAAUUGCAGAAAGUUCUCCCCAAACUGCAGCCAACUCAGCGGCCGAGCUGCUGAAGCAGGGGGCAGCCUGCAAUGUGUGGUACCUGAACUCUGUGGAGAUGGAGUCCCUCACCGGCCACCAAGCUGUGCAGAAGGCCCUGAGCAUCACCCUGGUCCAGGAGCCACCUCCGUUGUCCACAGUCGUGCACUUCAAGGUGUCGGCCCAGGGCAUCACCCUGACGGACAAUCAGAGGAAGCUCUUCUUCCGGAGGCACUACCCUGUGAGCAGCGUGAUCUUCUGUGCGUUGGAUCCACAAGACAGGAAGUGGAUCACAGAUGGCCCUAGCUCAAGAGUCUUUGGAUUUGUGGCCCGGAAACAAGGCAGUGCCACAGACAACGUGUGCCACCUGUUUGCGGAGCAUGACCCUGAGCAGCCCGCCAGUGCCAUCGUCAACUUUGUGUCAAAGGUCAUGAUCGGCUCUCCUAAGAAGGUCUGAGCCCCUCACAGCCCAGAGACUCCUGGGGGCUGGAGCCGCCCUCACUGUGUAGCCAACUGUGACCCUGACAUUCCCAGCCCAGGAGGGGAAGGGGCUCCUCCGACUUCAUAAACACGAGCACAAACAGGCCCACCGUUACCAGCCUUUCCGGAAAGAAACCGCUCCCCGACACAUUUCUGUCGCCGAGCGCUCUCUGAGUGGAAGAGGGCAGCACCGGGUGUGCCCACCCAGGCUCCGUGCUGAAGGGACCAUGUGGGGAAACGUGGGGUCCCCGUGUUCCUUGCACACUGGCGUUUGUGGGAAGGAGGGGUGCCCAGCCCGCUCUGCUGUGGCCCCGAAAGACCAGCUGCACCUCACCAACGCCAUCACCAUCACAGAGGGCUCCUGUCCAGCCAACACCCCAGAGGGAAGCCUCUGCCCUCUCAUGGUGAAGAUGCUGAUGAACUUGAGAGCGGAUGCAUGUUUGAGGAAGGUUCAUGCAGGUCAGGCUCUUCCGGGACACUGGGGUCAU